AGUGUAUGUUACUCCCCACUAUGACCAGCCUUACGCUGAAAUGGUUGGCCUGCUGUUGGUUUCAGUGCUUGGACAUGAAAGAUAGGGCACGAACCACACGCAUGGGGGCAGGGGGCACUGAAACUUGGACACCAAUAGACUAUUUGGCUAAUUAAAAUUGCCGCCACGGCUCGAUAAGCAUGCAUGGCAUAAAUGUGUUUCAGGGAGUUUUUAAUAUCUGAUUAUAACUAACUAAUACUCCAAAAAGAGCAUCAUCCCAACUUGUCCUUCUCUCGAUCCAGAUAGUUUAAGCGAGCCAGCAACCACGUCACCGGCACUUUUGCGCUUUUGCUCUCUCUCUUCCUCCUCUGUGUAUAUAUCGAGCCCUAGCCUACUUAACCAGAUCACAUAGAGAGACACAUUAGCGCGCAGACAGAAAAAAAACUUUGUACAGGCAGAGAUGGCGAGGGUACACUCUUCGCCGUCGUUUUCUUCUUCUUCGUCGCCGGCGGCAGCUGCGGCGGCGUGCGCGGGCGAGAGAAGGGGGAAGGUGUUCACGCUGUGGCUGAAGUCGCUGGUGCUCAACGGGCGGGGGUGCACCGUGUACGACUCCGACGGCCACAUCGUGUACCGCGUCGACAACUACGGCUCCAAGUGCAGCGACAACGUCUGCCUCAUGGACCUCCGCGGCAACAUCGUCGUCAACAUACACAAGAAGAAGCUCGCGUUUGGCAAGUGGGAAGGGUACAAGUGGACCGGCCGGAAGCAAGAGGCGAGCGCAUGGUUCAAGGUGGCGCGGCCGCGCGGCGGCAUCUUCCACCGGAGCGGCGGCCGCCCCUCGUCGUCGCCGUGCGAGUUCGAGAGCGACGCCGGCCGUGCCAUGCGGUACAGGAUCGACGACGACGGCGGGGCGCGCGCCGGGAAGCGGGCGUGCUGCAGGAUCGUGGACGCCGGCACCGGGCUGGUGGUGGCGGAGGUGAAGAGGAAGGUGACGGCGGGCGGGGUGGCGCUCGGGGAGGACGUGCUCGCCCUGGUGGUGGAGCCCGGCGUCGACGACUCGCUCAUCAUGGGGCUCGUGCUCGUCUACGGGCUCAUGAAUCGCACCAUGUGAAGCAAAACCAGAACAGAAUAGAGACUUUUACAGUCUUUCUUCGUGUGAAUUACCGUGUAACUGCGAGUAGAACGACUUCCUAGUGUGACACAGAUGACUGAUCUACAAGUGAUUUUGAUUCCAUGGCGUUUGUACUGCCAAAAAUGUUCAGCGUCGCCUAAGAUGUGUUUAACAAAACACACUUGUUCCCCAGGUUCGAUCAGUGCAAGUUGUUUAUUCCCACCCUCUGACUUCAAUCGUCGUACGUGAACUCCGUGUAAUUAGUCUUUUUUCGAAAACAAUAAAAUUGGAAGUGUUGUUUCGCC